GCACACUCAAGUGCUUGAAUUUUGUUGCGUUGUGUAGCUCCAAGGGAAGACUGGCAAUGAAGAGAAGCUAUGAAGGGAACAUCUGCAUAGAAGGCAGACACAGGAAUCGAGCAACCAUGUCGAAGCACCAUGAUGCAGGGACUGCUUUCAUCCAGACUCAGCAGCUGCACGCUGCCAUGGCAGACACCUUCCUGGAGCACAUGUGCCGUUUGGACAUCGACUCAGAGCCAACCAUUGCGAGGAACACCGGCAUCAUCUGCACCAUUGGCCCAGCCUCCCGCUCUGUGGACAAGCUGAAGGAAAUGAUUAAAUCUGGAAUGAAUGUUGCCCGCCUCAACUUCUCUCACGGAACCCAUGAGUAUCAUGAGGGCACAAUCAAGAACGUGCGAGAAGCUACAGAGAGCUUUGCCUCUGAUCCCAUCACCUACAGACCUGUGGCUAUUGCACUGGACACCAAGGGACCUGAAAUCCGAACUGGACUCAUUAAGGGAAGUGGCACAGCAGAAGUGGAGCUGAAGAAAGGUGCAGCACUCAAAGUGACCCUGGACGAUGCCUUCAUGGAGAACUGCGACGAGAGCACACUGUGGGUGGACUACAAGAAUCUCAUCAAGGUUGUAGACAUCGGCAGCAAAAUCUAUGUGGAUGAUGGUCUGAUUUCCUUGCUGGUUAAGGAGAAAGGCAAGGACUAUGUCAUGACGGAGAUCGAGAACGGUGGCAUGCUCGGCAGCAAGAAGGGAGUGAACCUGCCCGGUGCCGCAGUCGACCUGCCCGCGGUCUCUGAAAAAGACAUCCAGGACCUCAAAUUCGGUGUGGAGCAGAAUGUAGAUAUGGUGUUUGCUUCCUUCAUCCGCAAAGCUGCUGAUGUCCACGCUGUCAGGAAGGUGCUGGGGGAAAAGGGAAAGAACAUCAAGAUCAUCAGCAAGAUUGAGAACCAUGAGGGUGUGCGCAGGUUUGAUGAGAUCAUGGAGGCCAGCGAUGGCAUUAUGGUGGCCCGUGGUGACCUGGGAAUCGAGAUUCCGGCUGAAAAGGUCUUCCUGGCCCAGAAGAUGAUGAUUGGGCGCUGCAACAGGGCUGGCAAACCCAUCAUCUGUGCCACUCAGAUGCUGGAAAGCAUGAUCAAGAAGCCUCGCCCAACCCGUGCCGAGGGCAGCGAUGUGGCUAAUGCCGUCCUGGACGGAGCAGAUUGCAUCAUGCUGUCUGGAGAGACAGCCAAGGGAGACUACCCUCUGGAGGCUGUGCGCAUGCAGCACGCUAUUGCCCGGGAGGCCGAAGCCGCCAUCUUUCACAGGCAGCUGUUCGAGGAGCUGCGGCGCCUGACUCCCCUGAACUGCGACCCCACCGAGGCCGCCGCUGUUGGCGCGGUGGAAGCGUCCUUCAAGUGCUGCAGCGGGGCCAUUAUUGUCCUCACCAAGUCUGGAAGGUCAGCACACCUGGUGUCGCGGUACCGCCCGCGCGCGCCCAUCAUCGCCAUCACCCGCAAUGACCAGACGGCGCGUCAGGCCCACCUGUACCGCGGCAUCUUCCCCGUGCUCUGCAAAGAGCCUGCCCACGACGCCUGGGCUGAGGACGUCGACCUCCGCGUCAACCUGGGCAUGAAUGUCGGCAAGGCACGUGGGUUCUUCAAGAGCGGCGACCUGGUGAUCGUGCUGACGGGCUGGCGCCCUGGCUCCGGCUACACCAACACCAUGCGCGUGGUGCCCGUUCCCUGAGCCCACCCUGCCCCCACCCCUGCCCCCCCGCGUUAGACCAGCCAUCGCUUGCGCUGUUCUCCUUGUCCCUAGAGUGGAUGUAGGUUGCUAAACACCACCCAGUGCAGCAGCAGCAGGGGCAAGAGACAUUAAAUCACUAAAAAAAA